GAGCCCAACCGAAAAAUUGGCCAAAAAUUUACACCCAAUAACUUGAAUACUUAAAUUUCCAAUUUAUUUAAUAAUUUCUAUACGGAGACUCUUAUUACAUUAGUAGAUAUAUCAAUGGUUAAGUUAACACUAGCGUUAUUGGCUCUCAGUGCAACUGUUAGUUGUCAGGAGUAUGUACCAUUUGAUACCACACAAUUGGAUGCCUCAUCAUAUUUCGAACAGUUCCUUUAUAAGGAUUUUCUUGAUUCAUACUGGCACGAAUCUAAAGGGUGGAUAUGGGAUAAGAAUAAAGAUAGGUAUGUAAAAUAUAAGGGGAAAUGGGCAAUUGAAUCAUCACUUAAAAAUCCAGCUUAUGGUGAACAAGAUAAGGGGCUUGUUCUAAAGUCCGAAGCAGCUCAUAGUGCAGUAUCAUUUAAGUUAACUUCAAAGUUCAAUAAUACUGAUCAAGAUUUAGUAUUACAAUAUGAAAUAAAGUUACAAUCCGGAUUGGAAUGUGGAGGUGCUUAUAUUAAACUUUUAGAUGCAGCAGAUGAUUAUCGAGGCUUCAAUGACGAAACUCCCUAUCAAAUAAUGUUUGGUCCUGAUAAAUGUGGAUCCGAGAAUAAGGUUCAUUUUAUUUUGAGUAGACCAAAUCCAAUCACUGGAACAAUUGAAAAAAAACAUUUACGUGCUCCACCUAUGGCUCGAAUUAAUGAUUUAUCUAAUUUAUAUACUUUAAUUCUUAAGAAGAAUCUGGAUUUUGAAAUAAGAAUUAAUGGUCAAGUUGCUAAAGCAGGUAAUUUACAUAGUAAUAUCCAUUUGUUAGACCCACCUUUAUAUCAAAAUCCUCAAUAUAUUGAAGAUCCAAAUGAUGUCAGACCUGAAGAUUGGGAUGAUCAAUUGAUGAUUGCCGAUCCAAAUGCGGAAUUACCUGAAGAUUAUGAUAUAAAGCAUGUGUUGAAAUUUAUUCCUGAUCCAUCAAUUCCAAAGCCUGAUGAUUGGGAUGAAAAUGAACCAUUGACCAUUCCUGACCCAGAUGCUACAAAACCUGAAUCUUGGAAUGAAGAAGAAGAUGGUGAAUGGGGCCCACCAGAAAUCCCAAACCCAGUAUGUGAACAACAUGGUUGUGGCACUUGGUCUCCAACAUUAAAGCCUAAUCCCGAUUAUGUUGGACCAUAUGUUCCACCAUACAUCCCUAAUCCAAAUUAUAAGGGUCUAUUUAGACCUAGACAAAUCCUCAAUCCUGAUUUUUACAAUGAUACUAAUCCAUCUAAUAUUAAAUUAGUUGGUGGUAUUGGAUUCGAAUUAUGGAGCAUGCAAAAUAAUAUUAUGUUUAAUAAUAUUUACUUGGGUCAUUCUAUUAAAGAAGCUGAGUGGAUUGGUAAUCAAACAUUCCUUCCUAAAGUUGAAUUAGAAUUCGAAUAUAAGAAGAAUCAUAAAGAAAAAGUCAAACAUGAACCUGUCCCACCUCCACCUACUUUUGAUGAGAUCAUAACUGAUGAUAGUAUACCAGGUUUCAAACAGUUCUUAGUCUUUAUAAAAUUCUUUUUAUUAAAGCAAACUCUUGAUCUUUUUGAUUUCUACUAUGAAUUUCUUAGAGAUCCUUUGAAUUUAAUUACUAACCAUCCAAUUAAAUUUGUAUUGUAUUGUACGGUGUUUGUUACAUUCUUUACGUUUAUUAGUGGAGUUGGAGCAGUGUUACUAUUCUUAGUCACUGGAGGUGGUAGUGCAAGUCCAGACUAUCCCGAGCCAUCUAAAUCCAGUGAAGAAGAUGAAAUUCUUGAUAAUGAAAGAGAUUUAGAUACUACGCAACCAUGGGUAGAAAAAGAAGAACCAAAGAUCAUUGAACUUGAGGAUCUGGAGGUAGAGAUCGUUGCUUCAGGUACUUAUGUUUCUGAAGCUCAGCCUAGAAAAAGGAAAGCCUGAAAUUAGUACUAUUUAGUGUUUAAUAUGUCUCUUUCCGUCGUAUAUAGUCAUUUUCACACUUUUUUUCUAUUAGCGCAUACAAAUAAUAUUAAUAGAUUUAAUUUACUGUUAGUGCAUAUUAGGGGUCCACAAAUUACGGGGUUUAAUUGCGCACACAAAUUGACAAAUUGUCUGCAGGGGAUAAGGAA